UUCUCACAAAACUUCUUGCAUCUAAUCUCUGUAGCCUAGUCGCUUCCAAGCAGCAUCGAAAUUUUUGGCGGGUAUUCAUGCACAUGGUUGCGGCAUAGAUUCUGGAAACUUACGGGCGGCCGGUGUUCUAUUGACUCGUGUUGUAGUUAUUUCUGACGUCGGACAAUGAGGCCCUUUUGUGGCAUUAAGAACAAAAGCGAAAUCCAGGUGGCACCCUCUGCUUCUACGACCGCCAUGAUAACUCCAUCUGCUGCCUCUGUCUAACGUUCACGUCCACUCACGCCCACAUUCUUUGAAACUUGGCUGGCCCAGUACUCUUGAUACCCAUGGACUAUUCUCCUGCUUUUCUGAAAAUUAGAGCUAUCGGGCUUGGCCUGAUCUUAUUCCUUAGCUUGCUAGCCGUCAUACUUUUCUGCAUCCAAAUCUUCGUGCAAUGGGAUACGACAGUCUCUUCGGAACGCUAUAUGAUCAUUCUAAUGCUCUUGACACAUACUGUUACUGCAAUCAUGCUUCCGAUCCUAAUACUGGUGUCGUUUAGGCCGUGGCUUGAUGCCAUCCGAUUUUUGUUUCUUCUAGUCAUCCAUAUCAGUACUGAUACCACAUUCACUUACUGGUUUCCUCGUUACGCCUGUCCUGCGAAUGCUACGCAAAGGAAACAAUGCAGACUGUUCAAUAUAUACAUCCUUGUAUUGAGUUGGAUCGUCACGGCACACUUGAUCAUCUAUGUUAUCGGCCUUAGCGUGUUUGUAUAUCGCACUCGAGCGUCGGCAGACAAUCUUUCUGGGGCUGAAAUGAUUGACGAGGAAGCCCGUCGUGAUUCGACGACACAUUCGAUGUCAGAAUCCCGCCUCCAAUCGUCAACAACCACCAAGGGACCUCCAGGAGGUACACCGGCCCUGGUCCUCAAGUACGAUGUAUCCCAGAGGAGUCCGGAUUUCAACCCAGAACAUGGCGGGGACAUCAGGGGAGGGGUACCGACCCAAGUCUUCGAGCAUCCAUGUUACGGCCUCGAGAGCGUCUUUCCUCAUUCCGGACCAAUUGUCGUCUUCGCAGCCAUCAAGGAUAUCUGGACAGGAUGUCCUUCCCCAUUGGCAUCUUCACGGCCCCCAAGGAUGCCACGGCCUAGCACGUACGGUGCAAAAGCACCAGGCCCCAGCGGAGUCCGUUCAUCUGUCUCCCCUACUGCAAUCUCUCAAGGUGCCAGUCGCAUUAGUUCGGUCCACCGGUCGCGACCGGUGAUAGCGGUGUGA